UCUAGGUUUGUCUUUUUGUCUAUUCGCGCAGUAAUAGAGAUAGCAACUCCGAAGAACAUUUCCCGCCAAAUUCGAUCUUCAAUUCAUCGGCCGUUUUCGAGGUUUUCAUUUUCUUCAUUGUUUUCAAGCGUUUAUACUCUUGAGAUUGUUCAGAUUCGCAUUUCUAAUCGAACACGGGAGAAGGCUGAAGACUAGAACCGGUAUUCUCUGCAGUGAAGAUUUUGCCGAGGAUUUCAAGGGUCUAUGAUUUCCCUAGCAUUCCAUGGAAUUAGAGGGUACUUCUGAAGGUUAAUUAUGAAAUGCAAUGCUUGCUGGAGGGAACUCGAAGGGCGAGCUGUCUCCACAACUUGUGGUCACCUAUUGUGCACAGAAGAUGCAAGCAAGAUCCUUAGCAAUGAUGGAGCGUGCCCCAUUUGUGAUCAAGUUCUUUCUAAAAGCCUCAUGAAACCUGUGGACAUCAAUCCGAAUGAAGAAUGGGCAAAUAUGGCCAUGGCUGGCAUAUCUCCUCAGACAUUGAUGAAAAGUGCAUAUAGAAGUGUAAUGUUCUAUAUUGGACAAAAGGAAUUGGAGAUGCAGUACAAGAUGAACAGACUCAUGGCGCAAUGCCGACAGAAAUGUGAGGUAAUGCAAGAAAAGUUUACUGAGAAACUAGAGCAGGUACAUGCUGCAUACCAAAAAAUGGCCAAGAGAUGCCAGAUGAUGGAGCGAGAAAUGGAGAAUUUAACCAAAGACAAACAAGAGCUACAAGAGAAGUUUGCUGAAAAAUCUAGGCAGAAGAGGAAACUAGAUGAAAUGUAUGAUCAAUUGAGGAAUGAGCAUGAAUCACUAAAACGUUCGGCGAUCCAGCCGGCGAGCAAUUUUUAUCCAAGAAAUGAACCUGAUUUGUUCUCAAACCCUGUUAAUUUGAUGGAUAACAGAGAACCCAUGAGGAAAGACUGGGUGGUUUCUGCUCCUGAAACUCCAGGACCAAGGGAAGAAAUAUGGCCAACAAGACAGAACAGCGGGAACUCUGGUCACUUCGACAUCUCCGUUGGGUCACCGGCAAAACAAGCUGCUCCAAUGACAAUGGAAGCUGGGAACAGAAGAGCUGGAGCUCACACUGCGUUUGGAAGUGGAGUUGGAAACCCCUCCAUGACUCUACGAAAUUUGAUACUCUCCCCAAUCAAACGACCUCAGCUCUCUCGUCGCCCUCAAAUGUUCACAUUGUGAGAUGAAAGUUAACUUGUUGACAUUUGGUGGGCAAAAGGGCAGAUCAAUUCGCUUGCUUGAAGGCUCUCUCUUCUUUGUUUUGGCAGUUUUGAAGGUAGUGAAGGAUCACAGAAGAAAAUAGGAUGCAGCUUUAUUUUCUCUUUCUUUUCGUAAUCAUUCGGCUCAUGAACCAUCGAAUAUUACGUAGAUUAACUCCCAACACCUACACACACAAUUUUUUUUAUUUCUUGCGUAUUUUCAAUGCAUGAAAGAAAAAUGAAAAACCCCAAGUAACACAAAUGUAGAAAUCAUUAUCAACUGCAACGUUAUGCAGGCACCCAUCUUCUGAGGAAGGGCUGUCGUUGCUUCAUUUCC